GUUGGUCACGUGAUGUUGGGAAGGAGCAGUGAACCGUGUAAUGUGGAAUAUUGGGUUUAGGAGGUCACGUGGUUUUUGGUCGCAUCCCAGAAGCAGUGUGGUUGUAAUGAUUUAACUUUUUCCCCAAAACACACACACACACACACACACACACACACAGAAGGACAUGAGGUCUCUGAGCUUCGUGCAGCGCGUGUGUUUGGACUUCACCGGCUCCCUCUUUCCCCACGCCAUCUGUCUCGGAGACGCUGAUAACGACUCCCUGAACGAGCUUGUGGUGGGCGACACGAGCGGGAAGUUAUACAUCUAUAAGAAUGACGAUUCCAAGCCCUGGCUCACUAGAACAUGUGUAGGAAUGCUAACCUGCGUGGGAGUUGGAGACCUCUGUAAUAAAGGCAAGAACUUGGUGGUGGCUGCAGGUGCAGAAGGCUGGUUCCACGUGUUCGACAUCACCUCCGCCGCAGCCAAAGCCGAAUCCUCAGGCCAGCACGAGUGGUUGUCCGGGGAUGAGCAGAAGCCGUGUUUCACCCAGCACAUCCCUGCUAAUGCUAAAGUCAUGCUAAUCAGUGACAUCGAUGGUGAUGGCCGCAGCGAGCUUGUCGUAGGCUACACCGACCGCGUGGUGCGAGCUUUCCGAUGGGAGGAGCCGCCUGACGCCACGGAUCUGUCAGCUGGUCACCUGAUUCUGUUAAAGAAAUGGCUCCUGGAGGGGCAGGUGGACAGUUUAUCAGUGAACUCAGCCCCAGACGGCAGGCCUGAGCUCAUGGUCUCACAGCCAGGCUGCGGUUACGCCGUCCUGCUCUGCUCCUGGACACAAGAUGGCGCUGCAGUGCCUGGAGAGAGCCACGUGAACGCUUCAGCAGGAGGCGGGCCUUCCAGAGACAUCGUUCUUCAUCUGACCACCGGACGCAUUCAUAACAAGAACGUGUCGACCCAUCUGAUAGGAAGCAUCAGGAGGGGUACUGCAUGUUCGAAGGAAGACGACUCUAAAGGAGGCUUAUUUGCUCUCUGCACUUUAGAUGGUACGCUGAAGCUCAUGGACAGCUCUGAGCAGCUCCUGUGGUCGGUGCAGGUGGAUCAUCAGCUGUUCGCACUACAGAAACUGGACAUCACGGGCGAUGGAAGAGAGGAGGUGGUGGCGUGUGCCUGGGACGGACAGACGUACAUCAUCGACCAUAAUCGCACAGUGGUCCGAUUCCAAUUUGAUGAGAACGUGAACGCUUUCUGCGCCGGGCUGUACGCGUGCAAACAGGGCAGGAACAUUCCAUGUCUGGUGUACGUGAGUUUCAGUCACAAGAUCUAUGUGUACUGGAGGGUCGAGCUGGAGUGCAUGGAACCCACCAGCCUCAAGAGAGUGCUGGAGGACAGGCCAGGAUACACACAUCUGCUGAGCAAACUGGGAGUGGAACCAAGUGACGCGGAAGCCGUUCGGAAGCUGAUCGGAGACGUAUUGUACAGAGACUCGUAAUGAAGCGAAUGUUAUUUGUAAAUGUGAAAUCAAACUAUGAAUAAAUGGCUUCAAAAUCCUGGACGAAGGAUGGAUGAAGUAAAUGUAAA